AUGGUUCUACUGAAAGUUGUGAACAACCUGGAAUAUCAGCAGUUAUCCAUAGUGCAUUUGCACGACCGAAUAUACUUUGAGAAGGGUGGAAUGUCUGCCGUUAAUAUUUGCUGGAAUCCUAGCAAGAAGGCGGCAUUCGCAAGACCGCAGACGGGUGUUCGCGAGUGGGUGGUCGGCUUAGUUUCGGACGAGAUGUCGUAG